UGGAUCUUAGAUGGGUUUCCUCGUACAAGAGCUCAAGCCAUCAAACCUGACAAAUUUCUCAAGGAAGAAUUGAACAACGAGCUCAAUAUCAUCAUUGCUCUACACGUACCUGACAAUAUCAUUCUACAUAGAAUAUCAGGGAGGUGGAUUCAUGGCCCAUCAGGGAGGGUGUACCAUACUACCUAUAACCCGCCAAAAGUUGAAAGAUUGGACAAUGUGACUGGAGAACCCCUCAUCAAACAAACAGAUAAUACAGUUGAAGUCUUUGCGAAUCGAUUAAAUUUGUUUCAUGAAGAGAAUGAACCAAUGCUCAACUAUUAC